CAUUGAAGCUCUAGAUGUACAUAUCCAUGGAUGCAGCAUCUACCAACAUCAUGAUACAUCUUAGGCACUCAGGCAUGUGCCUGCAUACAAAGUAGGCAUGCACAUAGUAAGCACCCUAAGGCAUAAUUUUUAAUUUAGCCUUGCAACAUUCAAUGUUGAACUAGGGCGAUACAUACUAGAUACAAACACAACCUUGGAAACAUUGAACAUUGAACUGCCUACCUAGUAGUGUUAGCUACCUACAUAUGUAGGCAUUGUAGGGUAUAUAUGAACCUACCUAAGGUACUCUACACCACAUAGCAGUUCUCUCCAGACGUCCAGGUUUUCAACCAGUAUCUGACCACCUUCACCACUUCUCAAAAUAACUAUACCCGUCAAGUGUAAAAUACUUGUAUCACUUCAAUGACGCGAAGAAACACAAACAAAUCUACCAAACUCACAAUGGAUCUCGCCGAGGACAUUUCUCGCAAGACUGCAGGAUUCAUCCAGUCCGAAAAUCACCGGGAUCUACUUGACAUCGUUGACUCACUUAGAUCUCAUGGUGUCAGUCACUAUGUUGACCUACCACAGAUCAUUGUGUGCGGUAGUCAAUCAUCCGGGAAAAGUUCCACCCUUGAAUCCCUUUCCGGCAUUGCCUUUCCGACUUCUGAAGGUCUCUGCACACGCUUCGCUACCGAAUUGAUACUCCGACGAGGCAACAAUCAUGAAAUCAAGGUGAAUAUUCAGCCUGGCAAAGACCGGACCAAUGAGGAGAGAGCCCGGCUGUCAGCCUUCACCAGGACAAUGUCAGAGGACCAAGAUGACUUUUACACCAUUGUCGAGAAUGCUAAAGAGGCGAUGGGUCUCACCGGCAACGCUGGUGCCAGGGUUUUCACCACCGAUGUUUUGCGAGUCGAGAGCACAUCACCAGACGCCCCGAACCUCACUCUCGUCGACCUGCCUGGCUUAUUUGGCGCCUCCGACAAGAACCAAUCUGAUGAUGACGCUGCCCUGGUCGAGGACCUUGUGGUAUCAUAUAUGAACCAAAGUCGCAGCAUCAUUCUAGCUGUCAUCGCAGCCGACAAUCCUUUUACCAACCAACCAGUGACCAAGUUUGCGCGACAGAUCGACCAGUCCGGUAUGAGGACGCUUGGUCUCAUUACGAAACCAGACAAGAUCGACAUGGGCUCGGAUAGUGAAAAGUAUUACGUGGAGCUGGCACAGAACCUGAAUGUGAAGCUACAUCUCGGAUGGCACGUCCUACGUAAUAGAAGCCACGCUACAGCUGACGACACCAUCGAGGAGAGGGACAAUAGGGAAACCGAGUUCUUUGCUGACUCUGCCUGGAACACUAUUGACUCAUCGCAACUUGGAGUUGAACCACUGAGAGAGCGGCUGCGAAAGAUCCUUUGGAAUCAGAUUCAGACUGGACUACCAGGAGUCAAGACAGAGGUGCAAUCGGGAAUCAAGGAUUGCAAAGCCAAGCUAUUGCAACUUGGCGAGGCACGUAGCACACAGAGAGAGAAGCAUACUUAUCUUCAGCGCAUAAGCAGCCGUCUAUGCAAACUAGUCCGAGCAGCUAUUGAUGGGGUAUAUGCGGAUCAAUUUUUUGAGUCUUUCCCAGGCCAGGGCCAGCAGGAGGCGCUUAGCAGGCGACUACGCGCCAACGUACAGAAGAUUGUCAGUAACUAUGCUGUAAAGAUGCGUGCCGAUGGCCACGCCCUAGAAAUCGUGGAAGACGACCUGAAACCCACUAGGACUUCGCGGCAGCAGUAUAUUAUGAGGGAGUCAUAUCUGGAAAUUGUGAAGGAACUUAUGAUCGAAUGCCGAGGGCGUGAACUCCCUGGAACGUACAAUCCUUUAGUCGUUGGGGAUCUAUUCAGUAGACAGUGCAAACCUUGGGAACGAAUCACGCAUAAUCUCGUUGAGCAGAUACAUGGGGCUGCCCUUCUCACUUUCAACAAGAUUGUGUCGGAAAUCUCGGAUGAAAACACCAGAUCUCGCCUCAUGACAAGGCACAUCCAGCCUCAAUUGCACCGACUCCGGCAGAAUCUGCAAGCAAAAGUUGACGAGUUGUUGAUGCCCCAUUUGUCUAUCCAUCCGAUCACAUACAACGACUACUUGACCGAUACCGUGGAAAAAACCCAAAAGUCGCGUCAUGACCGACAUUUUAACGUAUUGUCUAGCACGUUAUGCAAGUACACAACAAAGGAUGCACCAGUUACUGCAACGGUGAACCUAGGUCAGCUACUCAAUGGCUUGAUGAAAGGGACUCGACCCAAUGUUAAGGAUUACACUGCUUCGUUGGCGGCCGACGUUGCCGAAGCAUACUAUCAGGUUGCGUUGAAGAAGUUCACUGACGAUAUCAGCGUAAACGCCAUCGAGGUCUGCUUAAUCCAAUGCCUACCAGAUGUGUUCUCUCCGGAUACCGUAUGGGAUCUUACAGAGGAGAAAGUUGAACAACUAGGGUCAGAAGAUGAUGAGACAGUGAAAGAACGUGCCGCUUUACAGAAGAAGCUAGCUGUGCUAGAAGAAGGUCUCAAGGAUCUGGAUGCAUUUACUGCGCGCUCUAAUGCUACUGGGCAUAGGAGAUAUGAGUAGAGGUGCCUAUGAGGAAGUCAGGCAUACCCGAGACAGCUCUAUUGGAACGAGAGUCCUCGCCAUCUCUACCGUUCACCAGUGACAUAACUUGGGAUGUUAAGAGUUAUUGCUCGGCUAGGUGGGCAUUGACUUGUAGGUGAAGGUGCAUGGGACGAUGAUGCUGUACACUAACUUCCGCCAUGUUUUUGUGGGAAGAGAUUGGGCAUCUUACUAUGUAAUAGAUCUACCUACCUACCUAGGUAGGUAUACAGUAAACCCAAGUCCCUAGGUACCCAGUAGUCAAUAGGUAGUAGAUAACCUUUCUGAUCGCCGGUUUCCUGGUUCUUUAAUAUCUUUUGAUUCUCUGCGUUAUUUUUCUUGCCUUAUGG